AUGUGGUCGUGGUUUGGUGGUGCGGCGGCGCAGAAGAGGAAAGAUGUUCCUAAAAAUGCCAUCCUCUCCCUACGGGAGCAGCUUGACAUGCUGCAAAAGCGGGAGAAGCAUCUACAAAACCAGAUGGACGAACAGGAAGCUAUAGCGAGGAAGAAUGUAACGCUCAACAAAAAUGCCGCCAAGACUGCCUUACGGCGGAAGAAAGUCCACGAACGAUCCCUUGACCAGACGAGUGCUCAGAUUCUACAGCUCGAGCAGCAGAUAUACUCCAUCGAAUCUGCCAAUAUCAACCACGAAACAUUCAACGCCAUGAAGAAUGCUAAGACUGCCAUGGAACAGAUACACAAGGGCCUCACCAUAGAAGCAGUCGACCAAACAAUGGGCGAACUGCAAGAUCAGCACGCUCUCAGCGAAGAGAUUGUCAACGCAAUUACAAACGCUCCUAUCGGCGAGCCGAUCGAUGAGACUGAUCUAGAGACCGAACUGGAUGCUCUAGAACAAGAACAGAUUGACAAUAGAAUGAUAGGCACUGGUACAGUACCUGUUGGAGAUAGGAUUGAUAGACUACCUUCCGUCGCAAAUGGAGCGAUCAAAGAAAGGCCCAAGGUUCAGACCGAGGAAGAAGACGAAGAGGCCGAAUUAGAGAAAUUAAGAGCCGAAAUGGCCAUGUGA